CCCUUCUCUCUAAAAUCUUCUGUCUCUCUCUCUCUCUCCCCCUCAGAAAACUCCCCCUCUCUCGCAUCAUUUAUAAAUUCCGAUCAUCGUCUCGUCAUCUCCUUCGAUCUCUACCCAAAUUUUCUGUGUUUGAUUAUGAAUUUUGACCAAUUCUUUCCAAGGGAGCUAGGCUUCUUGUUGCACUUUUAUUCAUUUUGUGUUCGCCAUUGACGAAGAGUUUCCAGAUGUGAUAUGAAUUGGAGAACUUUUGGCUCUGAAAUUUUCGAAUCGAUUUAUCAGGACGGAUACAGGGCGUUUGUGCAUUUAGGGACUGAUUCUUGGUUUGUGGAGCAAUGAUGAUUCGAUUUUAGAUUUUUGAGUUUGAUGGGGUUCUUGGGUUGUUCGUCACAUGGAUUGAAGGAAGAAUUGUAGGUGGUAAUAAGGAGAGAGAGUUUUUUUUUAUAGGUGUGAGGAUGACAGAUAUUCAGCCUCUGCAGCAAAAACCGGAAUCUGCGGAUGAUGCUCGUUCCGAGUUUGAGCGUGGAUUGGAGGAGUUCAUGCGAGGACACUUGGAUGAUUGCAUGUCUUUCGGGUCGUGCAGCUCGACGCAUAACCCAGAUGACGAUAAUGAUGAGGAUGAUCAUCAGCUAGUUAGGAGGAGACGGAGGUCCGAACUCGAAGGAGACGAUUUGGCUGAAUCCUCUAGGAGGCGCCAGUCUCGGCUUCUGAGCCGCUGGGCUGCUCGGCAGGCUCAGGAGAUGAUUACCACCAUUGAGAGGAGGAACCGUGAGUCUGAAUUGAUUGCCCUUGCGGGUUUACAAACCGUCUCAAUGCUUGAUUCAUCGUUCCUUAGGGAGUCGCAGUCUCCGUCCUCUAGGCGUCAGGGGGCUACUGAGAGGCCUAGCACUCAAGCAUCUGCAAUCCUGCAGAUGUGGAGGGAGCUGGAAGAUGAGCAUGUGCUGAACCGAGCACGUGGGAGGGUGAGGGAAAGACUAAGGCAGCAAAGAAAUUCUGAUUCGGAUACUAACUUGGUAAGCUUAAAUGGGUCAGAGAGUCAGGUGAGUGAAAUCAAUGGGAGUGUAAGGGACUCGAGUGGGAGCGAGACUGAUUAUGGUGCAUGGUCGAAUGAUCAGAUGGGUGUGCGAAAUGAGCGUGGGGAUAAUAAUUCUUCCAGUAGGGAACAGUCUCCUGAUCUUGGUGAAGUCGAGAGGGAGAGGGUGAGGCAAAUUGUUCGUGGAUGGGUGGAGAGUGGUAUUAAUGAUGUUUCAUCCAAUGUAAGCCAGAGAAAUGAUAAUCGUAGAGCAGAGUGGCUCGGUGAUACUGAACGUGAAAGAGUCCGGAUUAUUAGGGAAUGGAUGCAAAUGGCAAGUCAGCAGAGAGGGACUCGGGCAGGAAGAAGAGAAGAUCGGGGAUCUCUUGGUGCACAAGUUGAUAGGGUUGGUGAUGGUGCACAAGGUGACCAGAUCCGUGAAGGGCUAGCAGUUGAAAAUGAAGAAGGGCAACCAGAGCAUAUUCGUCGAGACCUCCUGAGGCUACGAGGAAGGCAGGCUGUAAUUGAUUUGCUCAUGAGGAUUGAAAGAGAACGGCAGAGGGAACUUCAGGGUUUGUUGGAGCAUCGUGCAGUGUCUGAUUUCGCUCAUCGCAACCGGAUUCAGUCACUUCUUAGAGGAAGAUUCUUGCGAAACGAGAGGCCUGUAGAUGAAGAGAGAGCUCCUUCCAUGGCGGCAAGUGAACUUCUUCAACUAAGAGAACGCCAUACGGUUUCUGGCUUACGGGUAGGGUUCCGUAACAGGCUGGAAAAUAUUGUCCGAGGACAAGCUACCAGCAAUACUAGUAUCACUGAUGACGAUAACAGCAACAAUUCCAGGAAUGCUCGAGCUAUGGCUAACACAGCUGAGAAUGUUCAGCAUCUAACCAAUGAAAGAUUGAGUUCUUAUAUACAGGGAAACAGUGGUCACCUCUUGCCUGACGAAACAAGCAGGUUGGAAAGCAAUCAAGCAAAUGCUGAUAGAAAUUGGGAAGAAGAUACCAGUCAAGGACCCACAGAAAGAAACUUGCAAGAAAACUCAGACAAUGAUUUGCGCCAAGAAGCUGCUGAAAAUACAAAUGAAGCUCAUAUGGGCGAAGUCCAUGGUGUUUGGCAUGAUGAUGAUUCUAGACAAGGUGAUGGAAACUGGUCCGAGGCACUGUCUGAUGCCCCAAGGAGUCGCCGUGUGGUACCAUUGAGAAGAUUUAACAGGUUCCAUCCACCGGAUGAUGACAAUGUUUACAGCAUGGAACUCAGAGAGCUCUUAAGCAGGAGAAGUGUUUCUAAUCUACUACGUAGUGAUUUCCGUGAAAGUCUGGAUCAACUGAUACAAUCAUAUGUUGAAAGGAGAGGACGUACUCAUGUGGAUUGGGAUCUUCAAGGGGACCUGCAAGCAGAAAACCCUGAUUCCCCAGAACGUGAUCAAGCGCAGCAAGGCUUUGGACGGAAUGAUGACCAGCUUGAUGGCAUCAAUCGUCCGCCACAAGUGCUACCGACCCCACCAGUCCCUCCACCCCGGCCUACAUGGCAUCAGGAUUUACAUCACACUAGUUGGCCUCGUCAUUCUAUGCAUCGGUCUGACAUGGAAUGGGAAAUGAUGAAUGACCUGAGAGCAGACAUGGCAAGACUUCAACAAGGCAUGAACCACAUGCAGAGAAUGCUUGAGGCCUGCAUGGAUAUGCAGUUGGAGCUUCAGCGUUCGGUCAGGCAAGAGGUCUCUGCUGCUUUAAACCGAUCUGCUGGUGACAAAGGUCUGGGACCGGAAACAUCAGAAGAUGGGUCGAGAUGGAGUCAUGUAAGAAAAGGGACUUGCUGUGUCUGCUGCGAUAACCACAUCGAUGCACUCCUGUACAGGUGUGGGCACAUGUGCACUUGUUCAAAAUGCGCAAACGAGCUGGUCAGGAGCGGGGGGAAAUGCCCUCUGUGUAGAGCUCCGAUCGUGGAGGUCGUCCGUGCUUACUCCAUUCUGUAAGUCCCAAAACAGAGAAGAGGAAGAAGAAGAAGAAGAAGCAAGAAACAGAAUAAGAGAGAGAGAGAGAGAGAGAUUUGGAAGAAAAGGACAUGGGAAGUGGUUGAUGUCUGAAGGAGAAGAAAGUGUCGGAUGGGUUUUGGGGUGAGUUGAUGACUCUCGAUGUCUGUUCAUGGCAUCUCAUGUACCUUCAUAUUCACUUGUGUAUAGUCGGGAGUAAAACCUUAUAGAAAAUUGCCUUCAUUGAUUCAUUCCCCCAUCAUGUGUUUCCCAUCUUUCUGCACACAUUUUGGCUUUACAUAUAACCUCCUUAUAUUCC